GUGUGUGUAUACGUGCAUACGUCCGUGCGUGUGUGUGUGUACGAGUGUGUGUGUGUGGAGCAGCCAACACACACUUACAUUCGCUCACAACAUGGCGAUGAAGCGCCGAGAGACACGACGGCUCUCUCCCCACUAAAUGCAACCAUGUUCUGAGUGAAAGCAGGGUACUAUGCCAAAGGGAAAUACAUUAACUAAUAGCCAACUAAUAGUCUAUUUCAGAGAGGAUCUAAUUGCGGAUUCCAUUAUAYGCAUGUUGCUAGCGGUAUAGCUGGCUGUAGAGACCCGCACGCUGCUUUACCCCUCUGCUGGAAAUCAAUGCUUUACAUGGCGGUGGAGGCUAUCUGGGUUUUCUAUCUACUUUCGUUGGGCUUCUGUGGACCAUCCGUUCAAGAGAAGCCUGUAACGGUGGAGCUAAGCUGUGGGGCGGGGCCUGUCCUCGUGGUGCUGGAGCCAGGACAGCCCCUGCUGCUGGACUGUCACCUGGGGGCCACGUCCCUGGACACACCCCUCAACGUCACCUGGCUGCAGGAUGGGCUCCCCGUGCUGGAGGGGGAGGGGAACUCCCUCAGGACCCUUGCCAACGGAUCACUGCUGGUGCUGCCCACCUCUAUGGAUGGUCGGACACCUCAAGGGGUGGAGGGGGGCUACAGCUGUGUGAGCGCCGGCCCCUUUGGAGCCCUGACCAGCCGCACCAUUGCCGUUCACCUGGCCACGCUGUCUCGUUUCCAUCAGGACCCAGAGGCCCAGGUGGUGCCCCUUGGGGGUGCUUCCCGCUUUGAGUGCCAGAUAGACGGAGUGCCCACGCCAAGGAUAACUUGGGAGAAGGACCAGGAACCCAUCCCCGGUCCUGGCCCUGCCCAAAGUGAGGUAGUGAUUGUGGCACCUCCUCAGAAUGCCACAGUGGUGCAGGGGCGUCCAGCAGUGAUGGAGUGCAUGGCCCAGGGAGGGCAGCCCAAACCCCUGGUGUCCUGGAGCAGACAGGAUGGGAAGCCCAUCGCCACCGACGUGGUUGUCCUGGAAACCAACCUGGUGAUCCCCAACACACGGCGUUACCAUGCGGGGGUCUACGUCUGCCGUGCCAACAAACCCAAGACCCGCGAGUUUGUCAUCGCUGCGGCUGAACUGCAUGUGUCAGCCCCACCAGUGAUCCUCCAGCCCCCAGAGACRGUUUCUCUCUCUCGGGGAAACACAGCCAGGUUUGUGUGUAACAGCUCUGGGGAGCCUCCCCCGGCACUGCACUGGCUGAAGAAUGGCAAGCCGGUCAAGUCUAACGGGCGGGUGAAGACCCAGAGCCCUGGGGUGCUGCUCAUCAACCAGCUGGGCCUGGACGACGCAGGGUACUACCAGUGCAUCGCUGACAACGCUCUGGGGACGGCCUGCGCCACAGCCAAGCUGUCUGUCAUUGUGAGAGAGGGUCUACCCAGCCCACCACACCAGCUCUCUGCCACGCCCCAAUCAAGCACCACCGCCCUCCUCACCUGGGAACGGCCCGAACACAACAGUGACCAGAUUAUAGGCUUCUCUGUGCAUUACCAGCCCACUUCAGGCUCUGAUCACAUGGAAUACCAGUUUGCUGUGAACAACGACACCACAGAGUACCAUGUGAAGGAGCUACUGCCACACACAGCCUAUACCUUCUACGUGGUGGCCUACUCCCCCAUGGGAGCCAGCCGCCCGUCACUGCCCGUCACCGUGGAGAUGCUGGAGGACGUACCCAGUGCCCCUCCACAGCUGUCCCUGCUCAGCACCUCCCCUACAGACAUCAGAGUGAUGUGGCUGCCCCUGUCCUCCCAGCACAGCAGAGGAGCUGUCACCCGCUACCGCAUCGACUACUCCACACUGGAACAAGUGGACAACGUGUUUUCUGUGGAGGUGGGGGGGAAUGAGACUCAGCUUACCUUGCGAGAGCUACAGCCUAACCAGGCCUAUCGACUGCGGAUGGCGGCGGGAACGGGAGCAGGCUUUGGUCUCUGCUCAGGAGAUCCUCUUGGGGGCGCUAAAACCCUACACCCGUUAUGAGCUGGCUGUGCAGUCCAUUGGAGGAGACGUGGUUGGUCCCUUCAGCGGCACCGUGGAGGAGUCCACUCUCACUGACGCGCCUGUGGAGCCCAAUGGCAUCAUCAUCAGCUACAGGAUCCUAUACACCAUCAACCUCAGCCAGCCUGAGCACCUGUGGAACAACCUCUCCCAAGAUGGGACCAUCAUGAGUGCUGAGGUAACAGGGCUGUCUAGUGGUACACAAUACUUCUUUAAGAUGAGGGCGUCAACUGAGGUGGGGGUGGGGCCUUAUUCCCCAGUGAAGGAUGUGCGCACUCCUCCCAGGAAAUAUGAGCUGGACAUCCAUGCAGUGACAGGCAUCAUAGUUGGUGUGUGUCUGGGGCUGCUCAGCAUUCUCCUUUGUAUGUGUGUCAGCUUCCGCAACGGCAAGGCCAGAGAGGUGUCUGGAGGGCUGGACUCCACAGCUCUACCUCCACAGUACCGUCGUGGGGGUAGGUCUGUGCCCACCAUGGUGCCAGAAUGCAGUGAUUGCCAUGAGCUAGAGACCCUGAUGCCCCUGGGCAGCCUGGACCAUGACCAUGACCUCGCCCAACCCCUCACAGAGCCCACUGAGGAGCACAGCCUCAUGGGUAAUGUAGGAGUAGCGGACGAUGCCCUAGGAGCUGAGCUCAAGGCUGCUUGGAAUGGGUCAGUUAGUUGUAACUGGGCCAACCGGAUCACCAAAUACAGGGAUACCAUCACAGAGGACUCUCCAACGCUCAACAAUGGAACUUUGGACAUGGCCAACACAGAGAAUGGCAAGGGCAAUCCUGAGGACCAACUGGACUCCUCCCUGUGCAGUAGUAACCAUUUGGAGGCAGAGGUCAUAGUUCACUCUGAGCUGAACGACCUGGAGAAGGAGCAGCAGGAGGCGCAGAGUGACAGGGAAGAGGACUCUCAGGCCACCAGGGGGCAGUCAUUGUCCGAGGCAGCUUACUCCCCAGUCAGACAGCCUGCCCAGGCGGCACAACAUCCAGGGGAGCCAGUCAGACAGCCUUCCCAGGCACCACAACAUCCAGGGGAGCCAGUCAGACARCCUGCCCAGGCACCACAGCAUCCAGGGGAGCCAGUCAGACAGCCUGCCCAGGCACCACAACAUCCAUCACCAGGGGAGGAGUCCCUAGAGACACAACCUCUGCCCAAGGUCCCACCCGGCCCUGUCCUGGAGCCAGUGUUCAAUCACAAUGGGCAGCCAGAGGGCAUGGUUGGGGGCAUGGUGGGCGUGGCAGCCCAGCUGACUGUAGAUGUGGGGCGGCAUACGGGAACAGGGCUCACCAACGGCUUCCACUCCACCAAGCCCCUGCGGCAAGGGCAGGAGACCCUGGGGAACGGGGACUCCAGACACUGCCCCCCUCUCCCGUCCCCCUCUCCUUUCGUCAGCRCCGGCCUUGUCCACUCUAACUCUGCAGCGCACAGCUACCUGUGCCCUUAGCAAGAGAAGAAACAAACCCCCACACCAAGACCAGUUGGACUUCUUUCUUUUUCUCAUCCAUGAUGAAUCCAAUAUUUUUUUUUAAAGCACCUCAGUAUCUGAUUUUCUUCUUCCUGGCUCAGUUUUAUAGGUACUUUGAAUCCAUUGUUUUAUAUGUGUAUAUAUACAGUAUAUAUUUUUUAGUGCUAGUAUGUAUGGGUAUUCAUUUUGUUGCAUAGCAGCAGUAUGUUAGUCUGGCCUUACUCUGUACUUUGCUACAGGCUCCUAUUACAGACGUACGAUGACGGAAUCAUAGUGUAGAAAGCAGGAUAUUCCUUUUUUCAUAAGCCUUGACCUGUUGGACUCUGAGAUUGAGCGUGGACGUGUGGUACUUCAAGACCUACCUUUGGUCAGCUGAUGAUGGUAGAGAGGCUCUUGAUUCAGCACCAUGGAGGAAGAUAGAGCAGAACCGUGACCAUGUGGCCCUUUCACUCUCACUCUGGCUCCUUUCCAAUGACUGAGCUGUUCCUAUUGGCUGUUCCACUGUAUGGAUGCUGCCUGCCCCAGCACCAGGAAAGAAGCCUGAUAUUUAGACACUGAGAGUGCAGACCUCCUCUCUCUCUCUCUCUCUCUCUAACCUCCUGCUGUCUCAGGAUCCACACACACAUUCCCUGAAUUGAGCUUGGGGGUCUCAGGUGCCUAAUAUUUUAGGAGCAUUUUUAACCUCUGUAUAUUUAUAUAGAUGAUUAUAUUCAAUAAAAAUAGGACAAAUAUGUUGACAAAGGAAAAUAAAUGAGGCAAUUGAAGAAAAUUUGAA